UUCAGGGCCUUACCGGAAGACCAGGGCUCCCGGGAGACAAAGGUGCGAUGGGGAUCCCUGGGAGGCCGGGACUAAAAGGGCAACCUGGAGAGAAGGGCGCUCCAGGAGAAGCGGGCAUGUCUAUCAUCGGACCCCGCGGUCCACCCGGACAGCCUGGAACAAGAGGUUUUCCUGGAUUCCCGGGCCCUAUUGGCUUGGACGGCAAACCGGGUCAUCCUGGACAGAAGGGGGACAUGGGUGCUGCAGGUCCCAGGGGACAACCUGGACCCCCAGGACAAAAAGGAGAAAAGGGUCAGUGUGCAGAGUACCCACACAGGGAAUACCUAAGUACCACCCUUGCAGCCCUGCGCUCUAACCAGAUCCUUACGCUAAAGCUGUUGCCUCUCCUCAAUUCAGUGCGGCUGGCUCCACCUCCGGUCAUAAAGAGACGCACUUUCCAGGGUGAACAAGGACAAGCAGGAAUCCAAGGUCCCCCAGGGCCCCCUGGCCCACCAGGGCCCACUGGACCACCUGGACCCGAAGGAACCCCAGGACAGCCUGGGCCAAUUGGGCCGCCUGGCAGAGCAGGAGAACCUGGGAAGCCUGGCAGAGAUGGAAAGGGCUUACCUGGGCCUCCUGGACCAAAGGGAGACCCUGGGAUUCAGGGAUACCCUGGCAGAAAGGGUGAGGUGGGUGAGUCAGGCCUGCCCGGUGCUCAUGGCCUCCCUGGAGCUCCUGGCCCCAAGGGUGAAAAAGGGGACGCUGGCAUAAAGGGGGAGAGAGGCAUGCCAGGGCUGCCUGGAAGACAUGGCACUAAGGGCGCUCCUGGGAUUGCCACCGCAGGGAUGAAGGGCGAGCCCGGGACUCCAGGAGAAAAGGGAGAUCCUGGAGUCCCAGGGAGGAUGGGCCCCCCAGGUUUGCCAGGGAAGAGGGGGCAGCGGGGUGAGAAGGGACGAGCUGGUGACCCUGGGCUUCCUGGACUCCCUGGCACGAAGGGGGAGAAGGGAAAUGCUGAGAAUGCCUUGGCGGGAGGUAAAGGAGAACCCGGCCCUCCAGGUCUGCCCGGGCCCCCUGGACCAAAGGGAGAAGCUGGUGACGUUGGCCGGCCUGGUGCUGCAGGGUUACGAGGGGAAAAGGGGGAACCUGGUUCACCGGGAGACCAGGGACCCAUGGGCCCAAGGGGCCCCAAAGGAGAGCCGGGGAAGGGUGAAAUGAUGGACUACGAUGGUAACAUCAGUGAAGCUCUCCAGGAAAUACGAACUUUGGCCUUGAUGGGACCACCAGGACUUCCAGGUGUGGCUGGACCUCCAGGGCCACCAGGACAGAAGGGUGAAAUUGGCUUGCCAGGUCCCCCAGGCCAUGAUGGAGAAAAGGGACCACGUGGCAAGCCUGGAGAAAUGGGCCCCCCUGGCCCUCAUGGACUGCCGGGAAAGGAUGGACCACCUGGAAUAAAAGGAGAGCCAGGCCAUAUCGGGGUCACAGGAGAAAAGGGUGACAAAGGGGAGCCAGGACAAGUGGGCUCACCGGGUCUUGAUGGCCCCACUGGAGAGAAAGGCGAACGAGGUGACCAAGGGAUGCCAGGACCGUCAGGAUUGCCAGGUCCCAUUGGACUUCCAGGAUUGACAGGAGAGAAGGGCGAGCCUGGGGAGCGUGGUGACAAAGGAAAUCCAGGAGAAUCGAUAUCUGGCCCCCCUGGACCCCAAGGCCCACCAGGACCUCCAGGUCUUCAAGGCCUCCCAGGACCAAAGGGGGAAGCGGGGAUUGAUGGAAUGAAAGGAGAGAAGGGUGCCCAGGGUGAAAAAGGAGACAGAGGGCCACUGGGAUUACCCGGUGCUUCAGGUUUAGACGGCAGGCCUGGACCACCGGGUACUCCAGGACCAAUUGGGGUUUCGGGACCAGCAGGACCAAAAGGAGAAAGGGGCAGUAAAGGAGAUCCCGGAGUUGUAGGACCAAUGGGGCCAGCAGGGCUUCCUGGUUUACAAGGUCUACCUGGUGACAAAGGAAUCCGGGGGGAGAGGGGCAAGAAAGGCUCUAGAGGGUCUAAAGGGGAUAAGGGAGACCAAGGAGCGCCUGGAUUAGAUGCACCCUGUCCGUUGGGGGAAGAUGGCCUUCCAGUUCAAGGCUGCUGGAAUAAGUGAUGAUUCUAACCCUGGACUGGCCUCUGUGUGUUAUUGUACAUAGAAUAUUUAUUUUUAUACAGUGUUCAGCUCUGAAAUGCCAAAAGUUAUGCAUUUUUACAAAUUAUCAAAAAGCUGCAUAUUUUUUGUACAGAAAAUACUAGAUCUCCCUUCUUCCCCCUUUGUCAGUUCUCUGUAUAAUUCUAUGUCUGCAUUAUGCUUGUUUUGUCAUGGAGUACGGCUGUAAUAUUUACAUGAUAUUUGUGCACACAUGAUGAAUAUAGGAACUUAAUAAAUUAUUGCAUUAAAAGUGCCCAGAGGAACUGCCCUGUAUAGAUUUAAAGGUCAUUUUCAUUUUUCAAGCUGGAAUCAUUCAAGACUAUUUCAAAACAUUAUGUAUUUUUUAUUAAAGCGAAAUAUUAACAAUGUUGUGGUGACUAAAUUAAGGUAUUGCUGGAAAAACGGUAGCCACUAUGCACUGGGAACUUAGAGAUUUCAUGAUUAAUAAUUACCAAACAAGGCCCAUUUCCUGGUCAGAUUUGGACAGCCAAACUCCUGUGGAUGCUGCUCCUUGGCCAUGCAGGAACGGCAACACCUUCCCCAUGAGCUGUACAAAGAGAAUUUCAGUCUCUUGCCUCUGGCUAAGGUAGAGCACCUCCCAUGAGCUGGAAAGAAUAACAAAUAUAACAAUAAUAAAUAGAAUAAAGCACCUUCCAUGAGCUGGAAUAACCCUCGUGACAACGAGCCCUGGCCGGCAAGAAAUUCUAACGUCUUUCUAAAUUGUAGCCCUGCAAGUAGCUUAAUUAAAGCAUCAUUUAAAAUUAAGCAUAUGGCAGAAUACCUCGAUGAUAUCCUACUGAAUGUUUAUUAGAUAAAUCACUCCAUGUGGCUUUUUUAAAUGUUAACCAAAGGUCACAUGCAAAUUUGCGGAGCAUGUCAUUAUAAUUUGCAUAUGUACAUCUUAAUUAUCCUUCUUGACCUACCUUUAUUAAUGUCUCAAGUCUGAAUCAAGAAAAAUUAUACUAUCAGACUAAAGGGAACGUCACAAUACACUUUUCUUAGAAAACGAGCAAAGGAGUGGACACCUAAAUCUAUUCCCUAAACCACAUCCGCUUUCCUCGGUCCUUCAUGUAAGGGGGAAAGACAGUUUUGCAACCCAGAAAAGUUUCAGGGGGAUAGAGAGGAGCUAUCCGUAUUUAAAGAUCCCAACGGAGAAACGCAAGCAGUAAUGCACGGGUUGGGUUGAUGACUGAAGUGCUGCUCUUUGCAGAAUGCUGCCGCUGCAGGAGGAGUUCAGCACCCUUGCCCACAGCGUCACUGUAUAGUUUUUACCACCCACGGUGUUGUACGUAUGGAUCACAGGCUGUGUUUGCAGCAGCUGCUCCUGGCCACAGCUGUGCCAGCUCAAGUGGUCACCACCACCUAUGCUCAGCUAUUCAACCCCUACACUCAGCUAUCCAUCUGUUUACAAACUAUUAGUUAUUUUUCCCAACCGAUUCCGUACAGCCUUUUAGCACCAUCAGAGUAAAACGACAGAGCACGCAGAGGAAAAGGCCUGGCAGGGACUGCGCAAGGAACCGAGCCCAGCCCCUGACUGCUGCAAUCUAUUUGUCACCUAACCCUUUCAGAAAUGUAUUGAACUUCAUCUAAAAACCAGUGCGGUUUCUACCACCUGGUGUCCCUUGCCUCCCAUCCCGCAGGCUGUUCCCCACUCAGUUAGGAAACUCCUCGCAACUUUCAACCUAAACUAAUUCAUGAGAUUUACAGCCCUUUCUUCUCAUGCCAACAUUGUCCUUUGGAUGAAACUUUUUCAUGCACGAU